UCGCCCGUCGCUGUGACAGGUUCGGCUAUUGCGCUAUAUAAGAUGCCUCUCGCCGUGUGUUGUUGUCGUUGUCGUUGUUGUUUCUGUUGCUGCAGUCGACAACGUCAACAACGUCAACAACUACAGCAUCGCCAGCUCACCACACGGCUGCAGCUCGCUCGACAGCCAUGUCCUUUCUCAAGAAGUUCGAAGAGCUGAAGGCCAGCUUCUCAGACAAGCCGCAGCAAGGAGGUGAACGCGGCUAUGGCGAGCCUCCUUAUAGCCAGCAGCCACCAUACGGCCAGCAGCCGCCGCCGCCGCAGCAGCAACAGUAUGGCCAGCCUCCAUACGGUCAGCCUCCAUAUGGUCAGCCUCCCUACGGCCAGCAGCAGCAGUAUGGCCAGGUCCCGUACGGCCAGCCCCCGCCGCCGCAGCAAUAUGCACAGCAGCCGCCCUACGGAGGCCAGCAGCAGCAGUAUGGACCUCCACCACCCCCUCAAGGCCCGCCGCCUCCUCUCCCCGCCGGCUGGGUUCAGCAUUGGGACCAGGUGAACCAGCGUGCAUACCAUGUCGAGCAGGCCACCGGUCGUUCGCAGUGGGAGGCCCCGAGCAUGGGACCAGGAGGCUAUGAGAAUCGCGGUGAGGGCAGCUCAUAUUACGCUGGCAACCCAACUGGUCCAGCAGCUGCUUCAACCGGUGCUGCGGCUGGCAUGGCUGCAACACCUGGAGCAGGAGGGUACGGUACAUCUCAAUACGACAGCUCGCAUGCCAGCUAUGACAAGGAGAAGGAGAAGAAGAAGAGCUCCAAUACGGCUGCGAUGAUGGCUGCUGGUGCAGGUGGCCUCGCUGUCGGUGCUAUUGGUGCUGCCGUGGUUGCACAUGAAAUCAGUGCGUUGUUCUCUUAUCUCUGUCCUCAUUCUACAAGCAUAGUACUGACUGGAUCUACUUAGACGAACACGAGGAAGAAGAGCGCCGGGAGGAGUUCCAAGAUCUCCAGGAGGAAUAUGACAACUCAGGCUCAGGUUCUGACGGUGGUGACUACAGCGACUAGAUAGGGGAAUGACCUUCUACCGUCCUCGAGGCAGGGUUAUAACUUGCCAGGAGCUUCUUUCUUUGUAGGGCCAUCAAUGGAGAUUGUUGGUAUUCAUGGCUAUGUCUGUUACUCUCUGCAGUAUGCAAUAACAUCACGAACGACACGCUUGUCCUUGAUACCUCUUUUCUUU